AUGUCAGGCUCCGGGAGAGAUGCACCGGGAAGCUGCUGCGGCUCUGAGGCCAUCCGUGUUACCGUGAGGAGUGAAACAGGGAGCAGAGAGUUCACCGUGACCGCAGACUGCACCGUCAGACAGUUGAAGCGGAGCCUGUGUGAGCGGCUGGGAGCCUCCUCGGAGCAGCUGCUGCUGAUCCACUCGGGUCGAGUCCUCACAGAGACGCAGCUGAUCAGUCACCUCAAAGGACAAAACACGUCCGUCUGCCUCUGCAUGAUCCAGAGGCUGCAGAAGUCUCCAUCUCCACCUGGCAUUGAUACAGCUCCAGAUCCCACUGCUGUUCUCGGGCCUCAACUUGAUACAGUAGCACCUUCACCCACCUCUCCUUUUUGCCUUGUGGAAGGUCUAAACUGCCUCGACUUGGAAAACAGCGGGCCGGGAUUCUUCCCUGCACUCCAGCACCAGAUGGAACGACAACUUCUGGCUGACCCAGAGAUGUUACGUCGUGUCCUCAGCAGCCCCUUUGUGCAGGACACUCUAUCCACCGCUCAUCCUCAGCUGACCCGACAGCUCAUUCUGUCUAAUCCCCAGUUCCAGCAGCUGAUGCAAACCGACCCAGAGGUGGAGGAAAUGCUAAAUAAUACUGAUGUCAUAACACAGGUGCUUGAGCUCAUCAGAAACCCAGACAUGAUGGAAGAUGUGAUUCCAAAUGACGACAGAGCGUUAAACAAUUUCCAACUGGAAGAAGAAAACCUGGAAACCAUCACUAAUGAUUCAAGGCAUCUGCAGAGGUUAAAAACGAAAACAGGGGAGCAUUGUGUUCACCUCGCACAGAUCCUCACAGGAGAACCUCCAGGGGCGACUGAACCAUCUGCAGGUCAACAGACACCGGAGGGUGAGACUGACCCAACACCUGCCCUCUCCAGCCACUCCGGGGAUCCUCUGAGAGGGUUGAGUGCUUCACCAAGGACCCAUUCAAACUCUCCAAGCACCAUUACUGCAGGCAUGCAGUCAUUGUUGGAGGAGAUCACUGCCAGUCCAGGUCUGAUUGAGAGCCUGCUGUCUGGGCCAUAUGUCAGUAGUCUCUUGAACUGCCUCAGCCAAAACCCGGACCUUGCUGCACAGAUGCUGCUGAGUCACCCCUUGUUCUCAGGAAAUCCUCAGCUGCAGCAGCAAAUGAGGCAACAGAUCCCUCUCUUCCUGCAACAGAUGCAGAGCCCUGAGCUGCUGGCAGCCAUGUUGAACCCCAAAGCACUGGAGGCUUUGCUCCAGAUCCAGCAGGGCCUUCAGACUCUGGCUGCAGAGGCUCCUGCCCUCAUACCUGCGGCCGGACUCGGACACACGGGCACCAGUGUGAAUAUUAAUGCUCCUCAGUCUGCGUCCGAGUCUGUUCGAACCAGCCAAUCAGGAAUUGGUCCUCAGGUUACCACGGCGACGGAGCAGCAGCAGCAGCAGCAGUUUGUACAACAGAUGCUUCAGACACUUGCUAAUGUCAAUGGUGGGGUCCGUCAUGAAGAGUCUGACCUCCAGGAGGAGCUGUAGCAGCUGAGCUCCAUGAGCCUGAGACAGAGACAGACAGACAGAGAGAUAAACCUUCAGGCCCCCAUCAGCACAGGAGGGGGCAUCAGCAACAUCUGCCCAGGCUGCCACGCACAUGCUCUGCACCGUUCAUCUUCAUAUACACGACUGUACAUCAUAUACUAUAUAGAAAUCAUGAGCACUGUCACUCACAUAUAACAGUAGACAAUACAGUAACAUCAAUAAUCACAAAGUACAUUCCUAAAGAAAACGUAACAAGAUUAUUAAAAAGUCUGCCAGAUAUUCAUUUUAACUAUAUUUUGUUGUAGUCGCUCCCAUCAAAAGUCAUUGUUAAUGAAGUAUGCAGACUGAGGAUCUGUAAAGCUGUAAAAGACACUGGUCUAUCAGAUAUAGCCAUAAACCUACAGUGUCUGUGUUUUUUGAAUAGUAUUAUGAUUCCUGACUUCUUGUUGUUGUUGUUAGAGUUUUUUAAGUUAGGUUUUAAGUUGGGUUAGUGCAAAAAACAAAAUAAUACAAUCCCUUUCAUCCGUGAUGAAGGUCUCUAUAUGCA